AUGCUCGCCUCGGCAGUCGCCGUACCAGAACAAGAACCGCACCAUCAAUCACCAGAAUUGACCGCAAAGCGACGCCAGUCGUCGGUCUCAGAACACGAUACCAAGCGCCGGCGACUUAGCUCUCAAAGCAACCUUUCCCCGCAAACCGAGCGCCGCCGCUCAUCACCUCAGCCCACAGCGCAAGAUGCCUUUGUAGAACACAAGCCUGCGCGACCGCGCGGAGGCCGCGAAGAAGAUCGUAAGCGCGGUCAGCGGUUAUUUGGCGGGCUUUUAGGUACUCUUUCGCAGAGCUCUAGCUCUGCGGCGUCCAAGCGACGUGCAGAUAUUGAGCGCAAACAACAGGAUAAGCUCAAGUCUCAGGAUUUGCAGUAUGAUGAGUUGAAGAAGCAGCGCAAGGAACAGCGCGAGGCUCUUCGCAGGAAAGAGACGCCUUUGUAUGAGCGUGAGGCGAUGGAAGUUCGGCAUGCAAAUAUCAUUGCUAUGGCCCAUUUCCUAAAGACGCGGGCUGUGCCCGUUCUGUACUACAAGCCAUGGCAAUCACGGCCUGGCGAUGAAUCGGUGAUACAGAAGCAAAUUGAAGAAGCGCGAGCCACGGUUGCACGUGAAGUUGCCGAUUUUGAAGCACGAUACCCACCAGAGGCCUUUGCGCCUCAGUCAGAUAACAACUCUAAGGAAGAGCCAGCGACGAAACAAGAAGAACCGCAAGACGAGAAGAAGUUGCAGCUAUCAAAUACCUUGGACCAACCAGGUGCCCCGGAUCCUGUGGAUUCAAAAGAGUCUGGCCCCAAGGAACCAACUCAGGAUGCUUCCGAGACGGUUAAGGCAGACACUAAGGAGAAAGACGCUGAAUCAGUAACAAUGAACGGUUCUGCUAGUGUGGAUACUGCUGUGCAUGACCAGAGUGAUGCCCAUCACGAUGAUGGUGGAGAGGUCGUGGAGGAUAACGAGGAUACUGUGAUCUAUUAG